UUGAAAACAUUAUUAGAAAAAGCUUAGUCGAUAAACUUGGAAUAAAAUAUAAUAACCCACCAAAAUAUUUUAAAAAGAAAAUGAAGGAUGCCUUAGGUAUCAUGGAAAGCCUUAAAUUAUCUUUUCAAUUUAAGGAUAAGGAUAAAUUAGUAUCUGGUAGUGAUGAAGUUUUUAAUGAUUUUGUAGUCUACAAAGAACCUAAAGCUGAUCUUGUAUUAGGAAUGCAAUGGCUGUGGUUGCAUGAAACAAAAAUUGAUCCUUAUAAUGAAAAAAUUUCAAUUUAUGGUAGAGUGAUACCAUUCUACAAGAAUCUAUCUGAUGAUUUAGAGAGCGAUAUAUCUAGUCUAAAUAUUUCUUGA